GAGAACUUUUCAUGGAACUUAUUUCAAUAUUUUGUGUAUGAUAACUUGAAUUAGCCUUCCCUGUAGCAAUCCUCUAUUUUUUUACCUGCUGCAUAAAACUUGACUUGUAUACAUGUUCAGUUAGUCUAGAUGUCAUGUGGAGUUUCACUAAGCCAUUGCAAGUUCUGUAAUGCAGCCUUUGAAGGUGAACUGGAAAAAGAUAUCUUCAAAGCUGGUGGUAUUCGAGACAGUAAUUUUGGAAAUUUAUAUAAAAUUGUAGGGAGAAGUAGUCGAACAUAUAAAGGAGUUCAUUCUUUGGCGACAAUGAUAUCUCUAAAAAUGGAGAUUCGUGCAGAUGCAUGGGAGGAUGAUCCAAAUGGGGUCACUCUUGCUAAUUUCGUAAACUCGAGUCUUCCAGAAAAUAUCGGAGUUUUCAGUAAACUACCCUAAAAAAAGAGGUUUGAUGCCAGAAGAGAGUGUAAUGCACACAAGUAUUCUUAUCUCAUUCCUGCUGAGAUGAUCGGGAUAAAGAAUGAUUCAACUUCUUCUAAAAUCGAGUACCAUAUAGCCAAUCUUAAUGAUAUACUGAAUUCUUUCGAGGGAGAACAUCCUUUCCACAAUUACACAAUACGAUCCAAGUACAGGAAACAAUCUCCUGCCAGAAUCUUGUUAAAAAAUGAUAGUCUCUUAAAAAAAGGGAGGCCCUCUAGUGAGAAAGAAAUAUCUGGGUCUGAGGAGUGUGAUGGAGAACAAAUUGGUAAAGAGCAGGGGGUUCUAACGAUUGUUGAGGCUGAAAAUCAAAAUACAGAAGGCAACUGUAAUGAGAAAGUUAAUCAUUCAAAGGAUCUCAAUUCUGCUAUACCAAUUCAAGCAAGAUGGCUCCAUGAAUCCGAUGUAAGAGAUAAACUUAACUCUGCUCAUUUCCGAAGAAUUUUUCACCGUCAUUGUGAAAAAUUGGAGAAUUUGCUCGACAUUAAUUAUGUAGAAGUUUCCAUUUGUGGAGAGUCAUUCACGUUACAUCAAAUACGUGAAAUGGUAGGGACAACAAUUGCGAUAAAACACAAUCUUCUACCACAUGAUAUUUUGAGAAUGUCAUUAUGUAAGAAAGUUUACUUCAUAUACAUAUAA